AUGACGCCAAAUGGGAGGUACCAUGAGGCGAAUGGGAAUGAAAGAGAUGCGCCUUAUAUCGCCCUAGCAGCAACUACAUCCCCUGAUAUAGAGACAGGCACGAUUUGUAUUGUCUCGGAGAAAGACCACUCCGGGGAGGAAAGCUGGCAGAACCAAGAGAUGCGCUUUCUGGACAACUUGGAGCGAUAUGAAAUAACGUACCCAGAGUGGCUGCACUCAGCAAGACACCGAAGGUCAAAUGAUGGCAUAAAGCAUCCUUCUGUGGCUGAAGUGAAGAUCAGCGCUGCGGAGAGGGAGCUGGUUCUCCAACUACAGAGGAAUGAUGACCUGUUUUCCCCCAAAUAUGAAGAGACGUGGUACAGUCCUAAUGGUGCCCGACAAAGGUCUACUCGUGAUACAAGGGCAAACUGUUUUUACCACGGCACAGUCAGGGGAAUGGAGGGCUCCCAUGUCGUGGUCAGCACCUGUGCCGGACUCAGGGGUCUGAUAACACUCAAAGGCAAUGAGAGCUACAUGAUUGAGCCGUUGCCUGAUCACAUAGACCCUGAGGGACAUGCAGUGUACCGGGCCAGUGACCUCGAACCACAGAGGGGCUCCUGUGGAAAUCGCCAUGACGUCCAGAACCAGACAGAGAGACUGCAAGAACUCCUUGCUGGAAUGAUGCAGCCUCAUUCAAUCAGCAGGGAAAGACUGGAGGUCAGUGAGAAUAUGAUGUAUGUGGAGCUCUUGAUGGUGGCUGAUCACGCACUGUAUGUGAAGCAUGGACGAGAUGUUGAAAAGACCAAAAUGAAGCUUCUUGAGGCAGCCAACUAUGUGGACAAGUAUUACAAAGCGCUGAACAUCCGUGUUGCCCUGAUCGGCCUGGAGAUCUGGACAGAUCAAGACAAGAUCAGCGUGUCCGACAACCCUUAUAGCACUCUGGGUGCUUUCCUUACGUGGAGAGGCAAACAGCUGUCGCGUCUGCCCAAUGACAACGCUCAGCUCAUAACGGGAAUGUCCUUCCACGGCACCACCAUCGGGUUGGCGCCACUCAAAGCCAUGUGUUCUGAAUAUCAGUCAGGAGGGGUCAACUCAGACCAUUCUGAAAACGCGGUUGGAGUCGCAGCCACCAUGGCUCAUGAAAUGGGGCAUAACUUUGGGAUGAGUCAUGACAGCGCUGGGUGCUGCCAGGCCCAGCCUGAAGAUGGGGGCUGCAUUAUGGCAGCAGCUACAGGCCACCCUUUCCCACGAGUGUUCAACCCCUGCAACCAGAAAGAAUUGAAACGCUACCUGAGCUCGGGGGGAGGAAAGUGCCUGUUCAACCCCCCCAACACUAAAGCCAUGUAUGGGGGUCAGCGAUGUGGCAACGGUUACCUGGAGGAAGGAGAGGAGUGUGACUGUGGAGACGUGGAGGAAUGUUCGAGCCCAUGCUGCAAUGCCAACAACUGCACACUUAAAGUCGGUGCUGAAUGCGCACAUGGAGUAUGCUGUGAUAAUUGCAAGCUGAAGAGCCCAGGUGUGAUGUGCCGCCCUCCGUCCGGGUCAUGUGACCUACCCGAGUACUGUGAUGGGAAGUCUGAAUUCUGUCCUGCUAAUUUUUACCUGAUGGAUGGCAGCUCAUGCGCCAGGGGGAAAGCCUACUGUUACACUGGGAUGUGUCUGACCCUGGAACAGCAAUGCCUCUCGCUCUGGGGAAAAGAUGCCCAGCCUGCACCCGACGUGUGCUUCACCAAGGUGAAUGAGGCAGGAGAUCCCUUCGGCAACUGUGGCAAGGACCUGAUGGGAAAAUACAGAGCCUGUACGGAGAAGGAUGCAAAGUGUGGUAAAAUACAAUGUUUGAGUAAGUCCUCCAAACCCAUUGAAUUCAAUGCUGUGGCCAUUGACACGACCAUACAUCUGGGCAGUCGUAAAAUCAUGUGCAGGGGGACUCACGUAUACCGGCAAGGCCAGGGAGAGGACGGCCAGGGGGACACCCUGGACCCAGGCCUGGUAAUGACCGGAACCAAAUGUGGAGAGAACGGGAUUUGUUUCGGCGGCGAGUGCCGCAACGCAUCCUUCCUGCGGGCGGACGAGUGCGGUGCCAAGUGCCACGGACGCGGGCUUUGCAACAACAACCACAACUGCCACUGUGAUGUGGGCUGGGCCCCACCCCACUGUUUGGAGGCUGGAGCAGGUGGAAGCCUGGACAGUGGACCAGUCACCACACAGAUCAGCAUACUUCCUGUAUUGGUGCUCCUCCCCCUCUUUUGCAUCUUGGGAUUGGUUAUUCUGGGACUCUGGUGUUACUACAAGCAUAGACGACACUCUUUGAAGGCUCCUGCCUCUUCAGCUCCACAGAUAUGUGUCAGCAUUCCUGCUCCACCCAAUACUAAAGCUCCAAGCAGCGGUCAUGCCAACCCUACAUUCCAAUUAAAGAGACCAGACACGGGCAAAAUGGCCAGUCCACGACCCAGUCCAGGUGGCCCUACCCGAUCAAGACACUCUAUUGUGCGACCUACUGUGAAGCCACCACCAAUACCAGCAUAUGCGGUCCACCAACAAGACAUGCAGCUUAAAGAUGCUGGCCCGAAACUCCAACCAUCCCCUUCAGUGGCUUCCAAAUCCAGACCAGAACCCCCUGAUAGACCUCCUCCACCAUGUCCCAUUUCUAAACCAACUACGAUGAAAGAGGAGCUGACAUCCAAGAACAGACUGCAGGUAUCACCAAGAGGAAGAACUAAUUGGAUUCCUCCUCAGCGUGUCAGGUAA